UGUGUGCGUGUGUGUGUGAAGGACGCCACCUCUUGCUCCUGCGUUCGCAGGCGGCGGCGGGCGGCGGGGCUUCUCGCUCCGGCAGCGGCGGCGACAGUGGUGGCGGCUUCCGGAGUCCCGCCGCGAAGAUGCUCAAAGUCACGGUGCCCUCGUGCUCCUCCUCGUCCUGCUCUUCGGUCACUGCCAGUGUGGCCCCAGGAGCCGGGAGCCUCGUCCCGGAUUACUGGAUCGAAGGUUCCAACAGGGAUGCGUUGAGCGAUUUCUUCGAGGUGGAGUCGGAGCUGGGACGGGGUGCUACAUCCAUUGUGUACAGAUGCAAACAGAAGGGGACCCAGAAGCCUUAUGCUCUCAAAGUGUUAAAGAAAACAGUGGACAAAAAAAUCGUAAGAACUGAGAUAGGAGUUCUUCUUCGCCUCUCACAUCCAAACAUUAUAAAACUUAAAGAGAUAUUUGAAACCCCUACAGAAAUCAGUCUGGUCCUAGAACUCGUCACAGGAGGAGAACUGUUUGACAGGAUUGUGGAAAAGGGAUAUUAUAGUGAACGAGAUGCUGCAGAUGCUGUUAAACAAAUCCUGGAGGCAGUUGCUUACCUACAUGAAAAUGGGAUUGUCCAUCGUGAUCUCAAACCAGAGAAUCUUCUCUAUGCAACUCCAGCCCCAGAUGCACCACUCAAAAUCGCUGAUUUUGGACUCUCUAAAAUUGUGGAACAUCAAGUGCUCAUGAAGACAGUGUGUGGAACCCCAGGGUACUGCGCACCUGAAAUCCUUAGAGGCUGUGCCUAUGGACCUGAGGUGGACAUGUGGUCUGUCGGAAUAAUCACCUACAUCUUACUUUGUGGAUUUGAACCAUUCUAUGAUGAAAGAGGUGAUCAGUUCAUGUUCAGGAGAAUUCUGAAUUGUGAAUACUACUUUAUCUCCCCCUGGUGGGAUGAAGUAUCUCUAAAUGCCAAGGACUUGGUUAGAAAAUUAAUUGUUUUGGAUCCUAAGAAACGGCUGACUACUUUCCAAGCUCUCCAGCACCCAUGGGUCACAGGCAAAGCAGCUAAUUUUGUACACAUGGAUACUGCUCAAAAGAAGCUCCAAGAAUUCAAUGCCCGACGCAAGCUUAAGGCAGCAGUGAAGGCCGUGGUGGCCUCUUCCCGGCUGGGAAGCGCCAGCAGCAGCCACAGCAGCAUCCAAGAGAGCCAGAAGGCCGGCCAGGCACCUUCUUCGAUUCAGGAUGGCAGUGAAGAUGUUAAAGCUAUCUCAGAAGGAGAGGAAGUUCAAGGAAGUGGGGCCCCAGUGGCAGUUGAGCGGGCAGAGGCUGAGCUGAUGAAGGUACAGGCCGUAGAAGAAGUUAAAGAUGCUGAUAUAAGUGCUGCCAAGGCCGCCAGUGCGGUGCCCAAAGCACUAGAAGAUGGGACAAAGGUGGCUGACCUGGAAAUCGAGGAGGGCCUAGUAGAGGAGAAGCUGAAGACCUCGGAGGAAGCAGCAGCCUCCAAACAAGAGCAAGAAAACCCAGCUGUGGUAUUUGGAGCUCAGCAGAAUGAUGUGAUCCUGCCAGAGUACUGAUUUGGCUUCUUUCCAGUCGGGAGGCCAAAUGCGGGCACUUUGUAUGUUUUGUCCUUCAGCAAGGAAGAUGUGGAAGCAUGAUCUGCAUUAUAGUGAUUCUGUUUUUUGAGGUGCAAAAAAAAAUACAUAUAUAUCAGUUGGUAAUCCUAACUUCAUGCAUGUGACUGCUUUAUGAAAAAAUAGUGUCUUCUGUGGUAUGUAAUGGAUACCUAAUGCUGAUGAGUUAAAUUUGAAAUUUUGAGUAAACAACAUACAUUUUAAAAACAUACAUUUUCAGGGACCAGUAGCGUACAUUUGAAGUAACUAGUAACACAUUGUUUUUGCUUUGAAAACCUAGCCAUCAUACAUCCUUUGGAUUUCUUCACAAGGCAGUAAUUCCUUUGGACUGUUGCUCAAUAUUAGGUAAUGCUAGAAGACAUGUUCCCAUGGCAUUCACAUUAUACUUUUCAGUGUGUUCAAACUGUUUACAAGGAGAUGGUUAUAGGGUGCAGUUUUAUGGUACAUAUAAAAAAUCCCACUUACAAUGGUAAGAAGUUGAAGGAUACUUAAGGGCCAUGAAACAAAAUGCCCUUAAAGCUUGUAUAGCAAAUGCUUUCUAAUUUUGUCCUUAUUUAUACACACUAUAUUACUAAUAACCAAAAAUGUUCUAUCACAAAAUUCUGCCAUUUUACAAUCCUGGAGAAAGUAUUUUACAGACUCCUGCUGAGAGAUAUAUCCCUUCCUUCCCAUGCUAAUACAGUUUCUUUCUCAUGGACAACACUUAAGGUAGGCUAAAGAAACUGAGGGAAGAGAAGGAGCUAAGGCCUAGACCUAAACUAACAAAGGUUGACUGCUUGUCAUUUUCAGAUACAAUUGGAUUUAUUCAUGAGUUUGUACAACUUUAAAGACCGUGACAUUUUUAUGAAUAAACUCUGUAUUUACCGAGUUUCAAAUAUUCAGAAAAAUCUACCCCACAGGCUGGUGCCAAAAUGUCUGAAUAGAGUGAGAAUAAUAUUCCAUUAUAAGAUCAUCCACUUUACUAGAGUAAGGAAACUUUGGUUUAUGAAAGUCCUUUUUCCCUUCAGUUGAUGAUGAACUAGAUAUAUUGCUUAUGAACUAAAGAUAUUUCAGAAAAUCUGGUAUAUCUUUUUCUCAUACUUGGAAUAGAAGUGCCCACAUCUUACAAUGUAGUUUUUUAGUUUCCAUGCCAAGAAAUUUAGGACAGUGCAACGUUUUAUUUGCCUUAAAAAACAAAAACAAAAACAAAAAGAAACAAAGAAAAAGCACUGAUUUCAAAUCAGACUCACAAGAAGCUGUAACAUUAGACCUAAUACUUCAUUAUGAUUUUUUUUCAAAGUAUUUUUCUUUGAUUUUUCAUAUGAACACUUUUCCCUUAUAGAAACCACACCUAAAUUCCAAGUACCUCAUAUUUCUUUCUAGUUUGAGAUGAAGUGAACAUUUUUAUCAAAUUAUGCAUCACAAAUAGGUUUCCUCAGUUUUAAAAAAGGAUUAUUUUCAGAGACCAAAAUAUGGACAGUAAAAAUGACUGUCACAUAAAAAUCUUCACCGAAAAAAGAUCUUAAAUUCUUUUGGCUCUUCCUCAAAACUGUCAAAUUGGAAAAUGAAAUUAAAUCUCUGGUUCCUGCGGGCUCCUGGACCUUGGUAGAUAUUCUGCUUUCCAAGCGCAAACCUUCCUUUACUACUGUUGUCAUAAGAAGAAAAGGUAGGACUUCUCAUCGUCCGUGGUUUAAGGGCCUAAUAGGUCACCGACAUGGAGAGAGGAAAAAGCCCUUAAAGAGCACAUCAUCUGGGCUCAGAAGAUUAUUUUUUGUUUUAGCUAGUUGAGAGUACUUAUUUUCUCCCGUUUCUUUCCUUCCUUCUUUUUUCUCUCAGAAUUUCCAGGUUAGUAAUUAUAAAGGGCUCACUCUUUUUAAUCUUUAAGAAUGCCUUCUUCACUAAGCAUUAACAUUUCCAUUUAAGAAGAUCAAUUGCCCGGUGUGCUUUCCUAAUGAGACUUAACAGGCGGAUAGGGUCGUUGUCCCAUAUACUGGAAAAGGAAAGAAGAGAGGGAAAUGGAUCUUACUGGACAGUGGCAUUGUUGGAACAUCAUUAGGCGUUGCCCUUCCGGGCCCCGUCCACCCCCACAGUGUUCCGAGGGAGGGCAGUCAUUCUCUGAUCCAUCACUCAGGCUGACUGCGCUGCCUGUGGCCUGUGUUAACAGGAGCUCCAGCGGUAGCGGAUGCGAAAGGCUAGUGUGUGUUUAAGAAUUUACCCAUUUAAAUGAGUACCCAUGCCUUUUCCUUGGUGAGUACUUGAGCACCUGAGGGUGAUUUCCUCUAUUUUUUUUUUAACCUGUAAAUUGCACUUUCUAAAGAUUAACGGGAGUUUUAAAUUUUGACUGUAAAAGAUGAAGUCCUGAUGAUGCCAAAAUAGUGACUAACUUUGUCAUUUCAAUGCAAAAACAAGUCAGACUUUCACAAAAAUUGGUCAUUUCAGCCAAACAAUUCAAUCUAAGAUUUAACAGAAAUACAAUCUGUUAGGAUAAUUAGAUUAACCAUUUUGAAAGAACAACAAACAUUUAUCUUCUUUAUUUAAAAGAGAUCUGUUAUCUAUCUCAAAGAUUAACUUAGCUAGGGGCGCCUGGGUGGCUUAGUCCAUUAAGCAUCUGACUUCAGCUCAGGUCAUGAUCUCAUGUUCAUGAGUUCUAGCCCCACAUUGGACUCUGCUGACAGCUGAGAGCCUGGAG